AUGCACUACUGUCUUGGAUUUUAUUCAUACAGAGGUGCCAAAAGCCAAGAAGAUAAGACUGAGAUUGCAAGACAUGGCUUAGGUUACUGUGUUGUUCAGAAGUUACUGCGUUUGGGCAGUUAUUUGAACAAGGGAUAUCAUAUCUUUGUGGACAACUUUUUCAUGUCAGUACCACUUGUAAAAAGUCUCUACAAACUAUGUACAUACAUUACUGGCACUUUAAGAAAAAACAGGAAAUAUUUGCCAGAGCAAUUUAGAAAGAAAUUUGGAAUUGGGGAAAGGAUGUAUUGUAAGUCAGGUCCGGUACUAGCAUGUGUGUACGGAGAGAAAAAAUCCCAGCAUACCCCCGUUCUCUUAUUGUCAAGUAAAGUUGGUGCUGGUGACAUUGAAGCCCAAGUCCAAAAUAAAAAUAAAACAGUAAAAAAGCCAGAAAUAAUACACCAGUACAACCAGUAUAUGGGUGGAAUAGACACAUCCGACAUGAUGCUGUAUGCGUAUUUGGAUGAGAGGCGAACUCUUCGUUACUGGAAGAAGGUAGCUUUUAACAUAAUGUUAAGAAUGGUACUGAACUCUUACAUAUUAUACAAAGAACAUAAUAAGGGAAGGAAAUUUGUUUCCAGAUAUGUAUAUACUGUAAUGAUAAUGGAAGCCUUGUCAGAUGAAUGGCUGCAAGAAAAAAAUGCAAUUGAUGAUCCUCGUGGUGCUCCGGGUAUGAGAAAACUUCCAGAGAAGAAAGAGUCAAGAUGCUGUGCGUGUACUAGUCAAGGAAGGAAAAGAGGGUCAAGAACUGUUUGUAAUGGUUGUAAUAAGGGGUUGCAUGGUGAAUGUUUUCCUAAACACAAAUGCUAA